AAGGCCAUCAUGCUCUUCUCCGACUUCACAUCCCCGUCGACGUCGUCCAGAGUGGCGCUUGAAUCCGCUCUCCUCCAACGGCCCAACUCUCAUUAUCCCCGUUGAUCGAGCGAGACACGACUCGAAAGGAGGAACCACUUCAUCGUGUCCGCGUUCGUAUCUUGAGGCCCAAACGCGUCACGCAUUCCAUGGAACGUCGCCCGAUUAUCAGACACGCCGUCCUGUUUGUCCUGCUUCUGCUUUUUCGUUCGUCUUCUGCCUGUGCAAGCGGACCCAACUCUCAACACUCAAGCACACAUCGCCCGCCUUGCAUGACGCAUUGCGGCGCCGGACGUCGCGCGUAAAUCGUUUGCAUUCUCUACUUCGCGAGUAGGUUCGCGCACAGAAGACGCACAUCACCACACCGUUGGACUCCAGGAGUUUCUCCCAAACGGCUUCGUCCGUCUGGCGACUUCCGUUGCACCGUCCGAGCCACAGUCCCCUAGACUUGUCAGAACCUAAGCGCUUGUCUGACACCACACCUCCCCGAUGGAGUCGACGUCCGGGGUUGGUGAGGCUGGAAGCCCCGCUUCGCAGUCCCAUCAGCCGAUGGGUUUGUUCCUUCAGUCAACCCACCAGUCUCCCCGUAUGCAAGGCGAAGAUGCUUAUGACGGGGACGUGUUUGAGGCCGAGCACCCACAUGGGGCUGCCUUUACAACGAACACCCAUGUUAGCUCCGCCACGCGGAAAAAGGCCCCGAGUCCCUGGAGAUCCCUGGAGGGUUGUGAAGGUUUUGACGUGCGCACUUGGGUCGCCGCCCCGGCAAGCCUCCCGACAACGACGACGACGACGACGACGACGAGAACACUCGCGCCGCCGUUCGCCAAAAGUGAUUUCGGUAGUAAAGACAAUGGCAACCACAGCUCUCGCAGCUUCUCAGACCUGCCCUACGAGCUGCGCUCCAGGAUAUGGCGCAUGCAUCUCGAACGCCCCCGCAUUGUCAUCAUCAGGGGCGUCGUGGACGGCUCGGGCGUCGAGGUGUCCGGCAACGAGCUGGGCAACGUCGCCUGCAACGCCCACUGGUACUGCGAGAACAGGAGCCCGGUUCUCUUUCGCGUGUGCGCCGAGUCACGCCGCGAAGCGCUGUCCUUCUUCAGAAUUCAUCUGCCCAUGAGGUCAUCAGAGCCCGACACCCACGGCUAUCCUUAUCUGAAUCAGCGAAACCCGGCCUGGGACCGGAUCUACAUCAACCCUGACUGGGACCUCGUCCUGUACCAGGGCGCCUCCGGCACCCUGACAAUGCCCAUCCUUGCCAGCGACCUGCUCGCCUACGACCCCUUGGGCGAGGGGGUUGUUCACUACGGCUCCAACGACUGGCCCAAGAGCAUCUGGCACGUCAAUCCGGACCCCGGCUUUGGCAUGGCCACCCUGGAUGAGUCGUUUGCCUUUCUCAAAAGCUUCUUCUUGUGCACCCGAUCCACGUCAGACAUGGCCCGUCCGCUGGGAGAGGGCUACGUGCACGCCGUGGUGGGCGAGGUCGGCCGCGCUGGCAUGCGUGACUUUGGCCUGCACGCCGUCGACUGGACGCCGGCUUCGCGUCUCGUCGUGCGCACUCCCAACAAUAGCAUGAUCCGCAAGGCCCUGAUCUUUGGCAAGGGAGUCGAGCAGUCCAUCGUGAACAACCUCGUCACGGUCGAGAUGACAACCCGCGUCGAAAAGCCAUUGGCCGAGAGUCUCUGCUCGACGACGGACGGCUGGGUCAUUAGGCUGGCCUGGCAGCCGCCGGACCGCAGCAUCUCCCAUGUCAUGCACCUGACCACGGGCAUGGUGCGGCCACCAGACGAGGUGGGAUGUGGCAACACGUCUUCCGCAUCGGGGUAGGCUUCUAUAUCCGUUUGGGCCAUCUGCUGCCGC